UUAUUCCUGGCUCUCAGCCUUCUUGGGGCUGGCCUCAGCAGGAGGCUCUUCCCUGGUGCUGUCUAGCCCUUCUUUUAUAGGUACUCUACAAGUACCAGCUCCAACUGCUCACUAGUGGAAAACCUUCCCUGCUGUUCUCACUGCCUCCAAGGAGGUACUUGCGGCCAACAGCCUCUCUCCACUUCAUGGUAGUCACCUUAACAACGCCUCAUCCCCACCAACACCUUCAAAGCUCGAAGCUUCAGUAAGAUCUUCAUUGGCAGGAAAUUUGUGCCAUGUCUGUUGUUGCAGAGCGGGACCUUGGAUUACCUGACCAAGAGCAAGAAGGUGGUAGGAUGGAUCACGACGCUGGACAAAGUGUCCUGCAUGUGCUGCCAAUCCAUGAGGCUGUUGAUGACAUCGAUGGAACCACAGAAUUUCUGCGUUCACAGGCAGUCUCGAGAGCCAUUAUAGGGGAAGAGCCGGGGCAGGAGGAGAUAUGGCCCGAUACUGAGGAGAUCUGCACUCAUGUGGAAGAGGUCUGGCCUGAUAUCAAGGACAUCUGGCCUGAUGUCAAGGACAUCUGCCAUAAAGUCGAGGACAUCUACCCUGAUGACGAGGAAUCCUGGCCUGAUGUCGAGGACAUCUGGCCUCAUGUCAAGGAAGUCUGGCCUUGUAUCAAGGACAUCUGGCCUGUUGUAGAGGACGGCUGGCCUGAUAUCGAGGAAAUGUGGCCUGUCGUACACAACAUCCGGCCUGAUAUCGAGGACAUCUGGCCUGAUGUCGAGGAAGGCUGGCAUCGAGUUGAGGACAUUUGGCCUGAUAUCGAGGACAUCUGGCCUGAUGUGGAGGAACGCUGGCAUCGCAUUGAGAACAUCUGGCCUGAUAUCGAGGACAUCUGGCCUGAUGUUGAGGAACGCUGGCAUCGCAUUGAGUUCAUCUGGCCUGAUAUCGAGGACAUCUGGCCUGAUAUCGAGGACAUAUGGCCUGUUCUCGAGGAAGCCUGGCCUGAUGUUGAAGAGGACUGGUAUGUCUGGAAUGGCGACAAGGAGAACAAAGUAGUUCAGGAGGAAGCUGAAGACGACCAGGACUACAAUAAUGAAGAAGAGGAGGAGGAGGACAAUAAAGAUGACGACUAUGAAUAUGAGAAGAAAGGAGAAGAUGAGGUUGAGGAUCAGGGGAAGGAAAUGAUCCUGCAUGCUGUGAGUUCACCUAUGGGACUUUAG